UUGACUUGUUCAUAUUGUGACUCUCUUUUUUCCAACAUAGGAGGGCGCACCAGAAGCAGAAUGGGAGAAAAAGAGAAUAAAUGCUCUGAAUGUGGGAAAAGCUUCACUCAAAGGUCUAGCCUUAUCAGACAUGAGAAAACACAUACGGGAGAGAAGCCGUAUCAGUGCUCUGAGUGUGGCAGAAGUUUUAGUCAGAAAUCUAUCUUGACCAGACAUGAGAGGACUCACACGGGAGAGAAACCAUACAAAUGCUCUGAAUGUGGGAAAACCUUCCGCCACAAGUCGGCCCUUCUCAGGCAUGAGAAGAUGGAAGCUGGGGAAAGGCCCUACGAAUGCUCGUACUGCGGAAAGGGCUUCAUUCAGAAAUCUAAUUUCUUAAUCCACGAGAGAAUCCAUACAGGGGAGAAGCCAUAUCUAUGCUCUGACUGUGGGAAGAGUUUUGUUCAACGGUGGCACCUUCUCAUCCAUGAGAUGACACACAAGCAAGAUAAGUCUUACGACUGUUCCAAGUGUGGGAAGACAUUCAGUGAGAGCUUAAGCCUUCUCAUCCACGAAAGAAGCCACAUGGGAGAGAAAGUGUACCCGUGCUCUGAGUGUGGGAAAAGCUUCACUCAGCGGUCUAGCCUUGUCCGCCAUGAGAAAACACAUACAGGGGAGAAGCCAUAUAAUUGCCUAGAGUGUGGGAGAAGCUUCAGUCAGAGGUCUAUCCUUACGAGACAUGAGAGAACCCAUACAGGAGAAAAACCGUAUAAAUGCUCAGAAUGUGGGAAAAGCUUCCGCCAUAAAUCAGCCCUUCUCCGGCACAAGAAGAUGGAAGCAGGGGAGAGGCCGUAUAAUUGUUUGCACUGUGGGAAGGGCUUCAUUCAAAGAUCCAACUUCCUCAUACAUGAGAGGAUGCAUACUGGAGAAAAGCCGUAUCAAUGCUUAAACUGUGGGAAGCGCUUUGUCCAGAGGUCGCACCUUCUUGUCCAUGAGGUGACACAUAAACAAGAGGAACCCUAUCAGUGCUCAACGUGUGGGAAGAAAUUCAGCCACAGUUUAAGCCUUGUUAUCCAUGAAAGGAGGCACACGGGAGAAAAACCGUAUCUGUGUCCCAUCUGUGGGAAAGGCUUCAUUGACAAAUCAAGCCUUAUCAGACAUGAGAGGGCACAUAGAGGAGAGAAGCCAUAUUCAUGCUCACACUGUGGGAAAGGCUUCAGUUAUAGGUCAGCUCUCAUCAGGCACAAGAAAACCCAAGCAGGAGGGAAGCCAUGUUGGUUCUCAGCCUGUGGGAAAAACAUCAUUCAAAAAUUAAAACUCCUGGCUCAUGAGAGACCACAUAAUGGAGAAAACCCAUAUAAGUGUUCCUACUGUGGUAGAAGUUACAGUCUGAAGUAUAAGCUUCUGAUACACAAAAGAGCCCACAUGAGGAGCAAAACGUACAAAUGUUCAGAGUGUGGGAAAAGCUUCAGCCAGCGGUCCAGCUUCAUUGUGCAUGAGAGGGCACACACAGGAGAAAAGCCCCAUAAAUGCUCUGAGUGUGGAAGGUGCUUCAGUGACUGGCGAAACCUGACGAAGCACCAAAAAAUCCACUUGGGAGAAAAGCCCUAUAAAUGCUGUGACUGUGGGAAAAGCUUCACAAACAAAUCAGCCCUGGUUGUGCACAAGAGAACACACACGGGAGAAAAACCAUAUAAAUGUUCAGGUUGCAAGAGGGGCUUCACUAGCAAAUCAAGCCUGAUUAAACAUGAGAGGACCCACACAGGAGAGAAACCACAUAUGUGCUCUGAAUGUGGGAAGAGCUUCGUACAGAAGUCAAACCUUCUGAGGCACAGAAGAACCCACAGUAGAGGAAAUGCGCCUCCAUUCCCCAAUUGUGGGGAAAGUUCUAGAAGUCAGUCAGCCUUAAUUAUAUACUCAGAGACCCAUUUGGAAGAGAAGCCGUAUAAAUGUAGUGAGUGUGGGAAAAGAUUCAACGAAAGGCGAAAUCUUGUGGUACAUGAGAGAACCCACACAGAAAGACCGUAUAAAUGUCCAGAUUGUGACAAAACUUUCACCAACGAAAGGACUCUGGUGGUACACAAAAGGACUCACGAAGGAGAGAAACCAUACGCAUGCUCAGGUUGUGGAAAAAGCUUUCCUUACAAAUCGAGUCUGAUAAAACACGAGAGAACCCACACAGAGGAGAAACCCUGUAAGUGUGCAAAGUGUGGGAAAGGCUUCAACCAGAGUGCCAAUUUGCUUGCGCAUGAGAGAACCCACACAGGAGAGAAGGCUUUCAAAUGUCCAGACUGUGGAAAAAGUUUCUGUGACAGGUCGAACCUCCAUAGACACCAGAAAAGUCAUAAGGGAGAGCAGCUUUAGGAAGGCUUAUAUUUUGGUGAGGUAGAACAUUCCUGGAGACUGGUUAUUGUUUGAAGAACACUACAGACCAUUGCCUGCCCUUUCUUUCUACUGUGCUAUAAAGUCUUGUCUGGUCUUUCCAAACUGCUAGUAAGGGGGAGUUCAUAUAUCUGAACGUUUCCCUAUGGCAGUCAGAGGAAACAAAAACUCCCUUGGAGAUAGAAAAAGCAGCAUGUCAAGGAGCAGAUAAGUGAAAAAAUGCUUGUUUGUUACCAGCAGAAACAUUCAGGUAGAAAAGAUGGCCAUUCUGCCCUGUUAUAACUAAACCUUUAAAAAAAAACUUUUACUAAUUCUUAAUUAGCAUCCAUGGUGGAUUUCUAGGCCCCCUGAAUUCCAGAGAUGAUCUUUAUACCUGUGUACUUCUUGCCUCUUUCCUCCUGUCAUAUAAUUCAAUCACAAUAUUUCACUAUAUUAACGCAGCUCGGAGUUAGAAGGAGCCAUACGGGAAUCCGUUUUAGGGGUA